AUGGACAUGGACAAGACAGAGGAGGCUGAAUCAGAGACAGACUCUCACUCAUUCCUACAACACUCACCAGAAUCACACGACAGGAUGUCUGGGGCCACGUUAGAGGCCCGGCCUAAAACUGAUGGCCUCACUGUCAAGAGGGGCAUGAAAGGCAAGCCCAAGCCGCUGUACUUUUGGAACAGUGCAGACGUCAACAAGUGGUUGCGUAAACAUGGUGGCCUAUACUACGAGCUGUACGGGGACUUGCUCAGCAAACAUGAUGUUACAGGCAGGACCCUGAUACGAGUCAAUGACAUCAAGCUGGAGAAGAUUGGCAUACUGGACGCCUCACACAGGCACGACCUGAUGCAGUUUAUUCUUCGCCUUCGACUCAAACAUGAGGCCUCAGACCUUAGAGGUCUCAACCAGCGAGGUUCAGGCUUCGAACUGAAAUUACCAGAGACUCGGCAGUCAUCCAUGGACAAAACACCCGUGGAGAAAUUUGCUAGUCACAAAUGA